GAGUCUGUCAUGCUGCUGCCAGGCCCCUAAUCUGCCAUGGGCCCCUAUAUACCGCCUCCUCAUGCUGCUGCCAAGUCCAGAGUCUGUCAUGGGUCCCUGUACGGCCUCCCAUUGCUGCUGUCUCCAUCGCCACACUCUGCUGCCAUGUGCCACUUUCAGGUCUCUUCACACUGCUGGUGUGUUAAAUUUUUUGACAUAGGGUGCAGGCAGAUUACGGGCCUCACAUAGCUGCUGCCAGGCCCCUAAAUCUGCCAUGGGCCCCUAUAUACCGCCUCCUCAUGCAUGCUGCUGCCAAGUCCAGAGUCUGUCAUGGUCCCUGUACCUCCCAUUGCUGCUGUCU